AUGCCUCUCGACUCGGGCCGCGCUUUGCUCCCAACUUGCAAUCGCUGUCGUACGCGUCGCAUCAAGUGUGAUGGUACAUUACCAGCUUGUGCGAAUUGUGCGAAAAUCAAUUUCUCCUGCCAAUUUGUCGACUCAGUUCUACAAGAAACCAUCCCAAGAAGUUAUAUCAAGAACUUAUACGACAGGAUCGACGAACUGAACUCACUCCUUUCAAUGCAAAAGAGCCAGGAAACGGCUAAAGAUGGGUUCCCUGAUCGAAUUGUCCUUCCAGGUGAAGGGCUUUUUGGUCACCAUACAAUUCCGUCUAGGAAUGGACAAUCUCACUACCUCGGCCCUUCCCCUCCUGCCCUGAGCGCGUUCUCAGUUGUCAGCAGCCUUGUCUCUACAAAUACAGUACUUGAUCCGCCUACUAUUCUCUCUGAGACCGAUGACAUCCACGAUAUUCCUGAUGUCUCCAAAACCGACAGAAGUAUGAUCUCGCCAAAUGUUGUGCGCAUCUUGCUCGCACACUACGACCGAUGCAUAUCUCCUGCUUAUCCUGUCAUCUCUUCCACAUUUACUGCCGACGCUGAAACAGCUCUAAAACGUCCCCAAGAUCCUGCCAAAUUCAGGGUACUGAUUGCUAGUGGAAUUGCUGCUACUCAUAAGAGCUACCACGAUACCCGAUGGACAGUGAUUGCAAGACUCUGCCGACAUUGGGCUGGUGAACUCGCAGCCUCUAUCAUCGAGCUUCGUGAUGCCGAAUCAGUUGAAGUUCUUAUUCUGCUCCUAGUCUAUGAGCUUGCUGAUCCCGAGAGAUGUAUUGCGUUUGAGUUGUUGGACUUUGCUACUAGGCUUUGCCUUGAGCUUGGGUGGCACCGAAUCGAGAAGAUUGAUGGACUUGAGGAUAUCUCGGAAGAAGAGGUCGACAAUAAUCGAGACAAUCUUAGCGAUUGUGAUAAAAGGCGUCUAAUGUCCGUCUUGCGCUCUGCUGAUAGGCAAUUGCGCCUCAUCUUUCAACGUCCGAGCAUGCUGAGUGGCUGCCAAACUUCAACCACUUUGGAAAGUAUGAUGGUAUUCAACACAUAUAUAGAAAUUGUCUCAGCGAUAUCCUGCCUACCUAGUGCGGGAUCUUGUCCUGUGUCGGGAUAUUUGCUUUCUUUGCUCGCCAUGUUGAACGAUUUCCCCCAGGAAGAUCCUUUAGUUUCAGAAUGCUGGCUUCUGCUACUUCCAGUAUGUGUUGCGCACUCACGUUCUAAUAUAUACUGUACGCAAACUUGCAACAUCGACAUAUCCAUUUUGCAAUCCAAAGUCUUACAAGCAGCAACGUCGAUGUUAAAUGCUGUCCAUCCUGUUGUGAGCUCUUCCGAAGCAUUUAUACCACCGUUCAUUGCUGCAUCUAAAGCGUUCAGUGCUGGUUGUGCACUGAUUACUGGAAUCAAGGGGAACUGGGAAAGCGCUGAAAAUAUCACUGGCUCUCUCCUCAAAUGCUCAGAAAUUCUCACAUUCUCUGCCUCACUUUGGCAAGGUGGCAAGGAUUACUACGAGGUUUGGAGAAAGAUCGUUGCUGUUGUUUAG